CGAUCCCCUGGGGGUCCGGGGAGCCCGGAGACGGAGAAACCGCCUUAAUAAAGAGCUCGUGUCAAGUGAUUGGCUGUGACCUCUGCCCUCCCCAGACUCGCGCCCGCGGCUCCUGCUUAACCCUUCGAUGCCCGCCCAACCCCUGAAGAGGUCUCUGAGCUCGGGGCGGCCGCCCCGGACCCAACUGGACCCCAGUGGAGCCGAGCCCCGCCGCCUCGUCUUCCGCAGCUCCGGCUCGGAGCGGGGUUCGCCCGCUGGUAGUGCCGCCGGGUGCGGGGCGCCAAGGGGCCGAGCGCACCGAGUCAGGGGCGGGCCUGGCGCAGGGUAUAAAAGCUGCCCGCGCGGGAGCCCAAGCCAGCUCCGGGGUUGUCCUGGGACGUGUCCUGGCUCCCGAGUCUCACGACCAGGCGACGGCGACAUCUCUCUUGACGAAAAGACUCGGCGUCCAGUGCUCCGACCAAAGCAUCAUGCCCAACUUCUCCGGCAGCUGGAAGAUCAUCCGAUCGGAAAACUUCGAGGAUUUGCUCAAAGUGCUGGGGGUGAACGUGAUGCUGAGGAAGAUCGCCGUGGCGGCGGCAUCCAAGCCGGCGGUGGAGAUCAAGCAGGAGGGAGACACUUUCUACAUCAAAACCUCCACCACGGUGCGCACCACGGAGAUCAACUUCAAGAUCGGAGAGGAGUUCGAGGAGCAGACGGUGGACGGGAGACCCUGCAAGGUGAGUCCCUCGGGGUCAUGGCCUCCACUGCCCUGCCUCACCACGUGCCGUUUUCUGGAGUGUUCUGGGAUCCUUCCAGCGGAGCAAAUCCCUCUCGCGGCACCCACCCUGCUGCGGGCCCAGCCUACCUGGCCUCUCUCCUGCAGAGCCUGGUGAAAUGGGAGAGUGAGAACAAAAUGGUCUGCGAGCAGAGGCUUUUGAAGGGAGAGGGUCCCAAGACCUCGUGGACCAGGGAGCUGACCAACGACGGGGAGCUGGUCCUGACCAUGACGGCGGAUGAUAUCGUGUGCACCAGGGUCUAUGUCCGAGAGUGAGCGGCCGACAGUCCAAGGGCUUCCAGAGCCGCCCCCCAGCCCCUGCUCCCUGCCCCACUGCCCUUCCCCCUUCCUUCUAGGCUAGCUCUCCCCUCACCCCGCUCACCCCCGGGGAUGCUGGGAUGCCUCCAGUGGGGCUCGGCUUUUUGGGGCCUCCCCUUCCUCCGCUCCCCCAACAAAGAGGGAUGGAUGGUAAGAACCCUGAUCACCCGGUCCAGAAUCACUCCCCUUCCCCAGCCAGCAGUCCCAGCCCCAAACCAGCCCAGAGCACAGCCUCUCUCUCUGCGAGGGGACCUGAGGGCCCCAGUGGGAAAGACGGCCCUCUGGUUUCCACUCUUUGUCCCGGUAGCCUACACAGUGUAGAAUAUUUAUUGGUUAAUUUUAUUAAAAUGUUUUGAAAAAUACAA